AUGCUACAUCAGUGGUGGAACGAAGUGCGCAAGCUUUGUGGGUCCAAGAAACAGAAUUCAAGUUUGUUUUCCUCUCUUAACAUGCCAAGUACUCUGCCUUUACUGACCCCCUCCCUCUAAGAUCGCUAAUGCCAUCAUGUCGCUCUUUUGGAACCGUUACAAUCCUAUGAACCCUUGGAGUCUACGGCUGUUUCUUUGCCUUUGGAAGAGAACCCAGAGUUCCUUGAGUUGCCAUCUCAGCGGGUGUAUAAUAAUCUGAAAUAUCUAAACAAGCACAAAGCUCUUGGCCCGGAUGGAAUGUUAAACCUGGUUGCUAAAGGAGUACGCAGAACUCGUAGCGCAACCUGUCGGUGUCAUUUUGAAUUCUUCAUUCAUGGAACAAAAGUUACCCUCUGUGUGGAAGUUUGUGGAUAUAACCCCUCUUUCAAAGGUCAAGCAAGUCUUAGACCCUAAGAAAGAGCUUUGACCGAUUUCUCUAACUUCAGCCUUCUCUAAAAUUGCUGAGGAUUUUUUAGUCUCUGACUGCAUCAAACAGGCUUUCAAGAGAGUGGUCGAUCAAAAUCAGUUUGGCAACAUAUCUGGUUCUUCCACUGUGCUGGUACUUAUUACUAUGGUGUAUAAGUGGCUUGAAGCAACAGAUGGCCCAGGUGCUACAGUCCGGGUAUUCCUUUCCGACCACUGCAAAGCUUUUGAUUUAAUAGAUCAUAGUUUCUUAGUCACGAAAUUGAAACAGAUCAAGGUUCCUAAUAUUAGCAUCAAUUGGAUUAUCGACUUCGUUUCAGACAGAUCCCAGAGAGUUAAACUCAACAAAACUGUCUCUCCGAGUGGGGUAAAGUACCAUCUGGAGUGCUCCAGGGGACCAAGUUGGCCCCUGGGCUUGACUUGACUUGUCUGUCCCCAGCAUCUUCAACAUGUGGAAAUACGUUGAUGACACCACGGUAUCGGAGACCAUACCCAAAGAUCAUCAGCUAGAGCCUGGCCCAAGAUCUUGUGGACCUAAUACAUGACUGGCCUAAACAUAAAUCUGUUUGAGGUAAACUGCGACAAGACAAGGAACUUACCAUCAGUUCCAGUCGUCAAUGUCCGCUGUUCCCAUGGACAUGGAAAUUCUAUCGAAUCAGUUCAGUGCGCAAAGCUACUAUACUUGGCGUUUUGAUCUAUUCUAACUUAACUUGGAACGACCAAGAACCAUAAUGGGACAGAAACGAGAACGCCCAGUCUAUUGAGCCCUUGGGAUAUGUGAAUUUCACCAAAGUUAUUUCAAGACCAAUUAAACGCUUGAGCCAUUGGCUCUUGAAACGACCACAUUGAGCCCGAAACCGUAAAGAAAGUAUCUCAAAAACUCUCGGCUUUCUUGUCCAACUGAAACGUGCAAAGGUCUCUUCUGACGAUCUCGUAGAGUACUAAUGCGCAUGUAUUAGAUCAUCCUUAGAUUAUCCACGCCCAGUUUUUCAUUAUGCGUUACCCAAGUACCUGACUUACCUGCAUUUCGAACUUGAGAGAGUUCAAAAGAGAGCCCUCUCGUGUAUCUUCCCUGGGAUUUCGUCCAACGACGCUUUAAGUAUCGCUGGCAUCGACUGCAUGAGAGUCCAU